AUUGUUACGGAGCUGCCUCUGGAAACUUUAUGUCCAUAUGCACAUCAAAACAGAUACGCGCUUUUGACUGUGACAGAUAUUACUUUUAUGCAUUAUUUAAAUAUUCAGAACAUUCAAAAAUAAAAAUUUUGUAUUUGUUGGAAAUCAAUCCGACUAUUCUUCAAUCUGCAGUGUUUCGAUCCUUGAAGUACUGCGGACACGGCAUUUUUGCGGAUCUAUGAAUAGUUGCUUGGGAAGAAAUAUACCUUUUAGAAACGCUCUCGUUGAAAAUAAUUAAAGAGGAGUAGUCCAACGUGAUAUAAGGAGACCAGAUCGCGUGUACCAUGAGCGUCCGCAAGCGCCAGGAUCGCAACGAUCAGGAACAGCUGCUGAUAAGCGAUACAAAUAAUCAACCCACAAGACACCAUGACGAGGACAGACAGGAGCCGAGUGACCUCCGUGGAGACUGGGGCAACAUAGCAAUUUUGUUUUUUCUUUAUUUGCUUCAAGGAAUUCCGAUAGGACUGGCUUCUGCGAUACCGAUGCUAUUACAGAAUCGAGGCGCGAGUUACAAACAGCAGGCGGAGUUUAGUUUCGCCCAUUGGCCGUUUAGUAUGAAGUUGCUUUGGGCUCCAAUAGUGGAUUCACUGUACUGGUCUAGAUUCGGACGCCGGAAGUCAUGGCUUAUUCCAACACAGUAUUUAAUUGGCAUAUUCAUGUUGAUUCUUUCAAUGCAAGUCAAUCGUUGGCUGGGAUCUAAUGAUGAAGGCGGAACAGUCACGGUGGCACCUAACAUUCCAAUUCUAACAGGAAUAUUUUUUGCGCUCAACUUCCUGGCUGCAACCCAAGAUAUUGCUGUUGACGGAUGGGCUUUAACUAUGUUGAAACGAUGCAAUGUUGGACACGCAUCAACCUGCAACAGUGUUGGACAAACUGCGGGAUAUUUCCUCGGAUACGUCGCGUUCAUGGCACUCGAAUCGGCUGAAUUCUGCAAUGGAUAUUUGCGCUCUGAGCCAUCGGAUGAAGGUAUGGUAACCCUUCCAGGUUUCUUGUGGUUCUGGGGCUUGGUGUUCCUGGUGACGACUACUUUGGUGGCACUAUUCAAACGGGAAUCGCUGCCUAAUGCUGAACGCGGUGGCGAAGAACAUAUGGAGCUAGAUAUUAAACAAACAUACAGUUUAUUGUUGGAUAUUAUCAAAAUGAAACCGAUACUAAUUUUAACUGCCAUCCUACUGACAGUGAAAAUAGGGUUUGCCGCUUGCGAUGCAGUAAGCUCGCUAAAGUUGAUAGAUGCAGGAGUCCCCAAGGAUAAACUAGCGUUGCUUGUGGUCCCAUUAGUCCCUCUGCAAAUUAUUUUGCCACUUGUGAUAAGUAAGUAUACCACAGGACCAAGACCAAUGGAAGUCUAUCUCAGAGCAAUUCCUUAUCGAAUUGGAAUGACCGUAUUGGCAGCAGCAGUGGUAUGGUUCACUCCAGUCAUGAUCUACAAUAACCAUGUUCCUUAUUACUAUUAUAUGAUCUUGCUGACCAACUAUGGGCUCUAUCAAAUUGCUCUCUAUAGUAUGUUUGUGGCAGUGAUGGCGUUUUUUGCGAGAGUUAGUGAUCCUGCAGUUGGUGGAACCUAUAUGACCCUUCUUAAUACGUUGAGUAACCUUGGCGGUAACUGGCCUACAACUGUUGUACUCUGGAUGGUAGAUGUAUUAACGUGGAAACGAUGCUCUAUAAACGACGAUAAUACAUGCUCAAACACUACUGAUCAAGAGAUUUGUACAAACGAUGGAGGAAAAUGCAACAUAGAAAUUGACGGUUACUAUAUAGAAAUAGUAAUUUGCUUGGUUUACGGAAUUUUGUGGUAUCAGUGGGGAAAGCACAAAAUUCGAUAUCUGCAGAAUUUACCACUUAAUGCAUGGCGCGUUGUUCGUAGACAACGAGCACAUACUAGCUAGCAAUUAAUGAGGAUGAUCUAGCCUGGACAUACAUAGUGAGAGAUCCACCGAAGAAUUAAGUUGUGAUGUGUGCGUUAUUACUUUGAUUUAUUAUAGAUCGGAUAUAUUCGUUUAUGUAUUUUAAUAGUUUAUUACGGACGACAGCAGCUAAGUUGAUUUUUGUCAGUUUUUUCAACAGCGACAAAGUGAGAUGCAUUUUUGCUCUAGGAGCAUGUUCGAAAUGGCACAAUUCCAAAUAAAAUAAAAUUCCAGUUUCCUAGUGAAAUAUUUGAGAAAAAUUUCAGUUUUUCUAAACAUAGUUCAAAAGGAUAUGUAAUUUAGUGGGAUCUUUCGUAAGAUAGGCAGAAGUAUUUGAUAAACAUUUAUAUAUUGAAUUACA